AUGCGGUUCCAGAAUGCCUCACAGAAGACGUUGAAGACCGUUGCCGCACGCCCCGUGCUUGCCUCUCAAUCGCUGUUCACAUGCCGCCCGCUACUCGCAUUCAGACAUGGCCCCCGCCUCGUCUCGCAAUGUCGCUACCAUUCCACAGACCCUGAGCGGAUAGCCGUCCUUGGUGGAGGUAUCGCUGGUCUUAGUAGCGCGUAUUAUGUCGGCAAACAAUUUCCCAACAGCGAGAUUACGUUGUUUGAGGCGGGCAAUGACCCUGGGGGGUGGAUUAGGACGAGACGUGUUGAUGUCAAGGAUGCUGAAGGGAAGGAGGGGAGUGUAUUGUUUGAGCAGGGACCUAGGGCAUUGAGGCCUGCUCCUGCUACGGCGGCCUUGAUACAAGAACUUGGUCUCAUAAACGAUGUCACAUAUACCAAGCGCACUGAUCCCGGCGCCACGAACCGCUUCAUAUACUACCCCGACAAGCUCAACCGGCUCCCGUCCAAAAUGCCAAUUGAAAUUCCAAACUUGAUUUCUCUCUGGCGAUCGGGGCUGCUGGCCGGUUUCCUGGGCGUCAUCAAAGAGCCAUGGGAAAAGACGCGACCAGCGGGCCUUGUCGAUGAAACAGUUGGCUCCUUCAUCGCCCGCAGAAUGGACAAGCGGUUAGCAGACAACCUCAUCUCUGCAGGCUUCCACGGCAUCUACGCAGGCGACAUCUGGCAGCUCAGCGCAAGGACGUUGGCGGCGAAUCCGUGGAACCUGGAAAAUACAUUUGGCAGCGUUAUUGGCGGGUUUAUCAAAGUGCAGAAUGACGCCGUUGAGCCCCGGGGGAACUCGUUCGUGCAUGAGUGGGAUAGAAAUCUUAUGGCGAAUAUGAAGAAAGAGCUCGAGGUCGACGAGGGAUUUUGGUCGAAUCUGACAGAGAGUACGCAGUUUUCAUUGCGGAAUGGGUUGCAGCAGCUGGUCCGGGCGCUGGGGGAUGCGGUGGAGGAUCUGGGGAAUGUGAAGGUUAAAACUAUGGCGCCGAUUCAGAGCUUUAAACCGCUUUCUCAAGACGGCAAAUUAGGCGUUGAAAUUGUGUCUGGGCAAGAAGGCUCCACCUCAACAGAGUCUUUCGACCUCGCCAUCUCCACUCUCCGCGAAAAAGACCUCACCCCCUACGUCACAGUCAUGACCAUCAAUCUCUAUUACCCCAACCCCCACCUCCUCCCCGUCGAAGGCUUCGGCUACCUAAUCCCGCAAUCCGUGCCGUUUGAGCAAAACCCCGAGCGCGGCUUGGGUGUAAUCUUCGACUCGUCCGCCAUCAAAGGCCAAGACACCGUCUCGGGCACCAAACUCACCGUCAUGAUGGGCGGCCACUGGUGGGACGGCUGGGAAUCCUACCCGACCGAAGAAGAAGGUCUCGACAUGGCAAAGAGCCUGCUAGCCCGCCACCUCAACAUCACGGAUGAACCAACUGCGCAUUAUGUUAAUCUCGCAAAGGAUUGUAUACCGCAGUAUACGCUGGGUUAUCAGGAUCGUCUGGCGGGGUUUGCGGAAAGGAUGAGUGGCGAGUUUGGGGGGAGAGUACGAUAA